AUUCUAGUAAGUUGUUUUAUAUUUUUGUCUUGCACCACAUAUUAGAAUCACUAUUCAAUUAAGGUAUUUCACUUCACUUUGAGUCCAAACAUUAAACGCAUCCUUUUUUAAGGUUUUGCGUAGCUUCCCAAGCUCCCAGCUCACUCUUCAUCUUUUUCUUUUUUUAAAUAGAAGUCACCCACUAAAACGUCAACUGCAAUCCAAGGAUUUAGUUGAGAAUUAGAACAAUUCCUUUCGGACAGAUACACAUAUAUAGAUUGAGAUGUCAUACGGCGGUAAGCAUCAACACUCAUUUAAAGCAACAUCUACCAACCAUCCCUAUUAUUGCGGGGGAUGUGAUCAGCUGGGUUUCGGAUCUAGUUACGCAUGUUCCGAGAGUGACUGCAACGUAGUUCAUCACGUACAAUGCGUGGACCGUACAAAUGGGCCUGUGACAUACCCGUUCUCGAUCACUAGCAAGUGCGCUCUGGUGUUUGUGGACCGCAUCAAUGGACCUGGGCAGAAGUCAUUAUGCGAGGCUUGUGGAAACAAAAUCAAAGGGUAUCACUACAGGUGUAAGUGUAUGGUUACGAAACGUAACAUGCACCCAUCGUGUUUAUUAAAUUACAAACCAACGUUGGUAGUCGCACGCGGGCUUACGUUGGAACUGAAGAGCAGGGCAACUGCGAAGUGUUUGCAUUGCUCGAAAAAGAAACUUUCUUCUAAGGUUGAUGGAUGGGCUUAUGUUUCUACAUGUGGGAGUUAUUGUUAUCAUGUUUCAUGUGUGAUGAACAUCAUCCAUGAUUCUUGGACACAAGGGAUUACUGAAAAAUGUGAUCCUUUUCAGACUAUAAAAGAAAGGUUUCCUGCAGAUAAGAAUAGACUUGCAACGUCGGAGCACGCACCGAGUGGGAAGAAGUCCAAGGCGGCUCUUAACUUGAUAAUUAGCAUGAUCACAGGAAGCCCUUCGGGUCUUGUUGAUAGCGCAAAAGCGCUCUUCAUUUUAGUAAUGUUUUGUAUGAUCGAGGAGAUUAAAAAGCGUGAAGCAAGUCAAAGAAAGGAGCUACAUGAUUUGAAAGCAAAUAAUGAAGCCGAAACGAAGCGUCUAUCGCCCCCUAAAUCCCUAUGAUGAAGCACUUGCCCAAUAUGACACCAUAAACUUAAAUCUCAAAGCUUAUAAAAGACUCGUCAGUUGGAAUGACUGUAUUUUUUAUUAGUGAUGAUAUUAUUUAUUGUAAUUUUAUUAUGUGUAUUUAUGUAAAACUUGAUGUGUAAAAGAUUAUAGAGCAUAUAUAUAUA